GCCAGACCCCGCUCCGCCCGCGCCCCGCUCCACUGCCGAGGCUCCCGCAGCCCCGGCGUCGGCCCCGCUGCGCCCUCCCCGGGGGCUAUGGGGGCGCCCCCGGGCUACCGACCCUCGGCUUGGGUGCAUCUGCUCCACCAGCUGCCCCGCGCCGACUUCCAGCUCCGCCCGGUACCCAGCGGGUUCGCGCCCCAAGAGCAAGAAUACCAGCAGGCCCUGUUGCUGGUGGUGGCCUUGGCAGGCCUGGGCUUGGGCCUGAGCCUCAUUUUCAUUGCUGUCUACCUCAUCCGCUUUUGCUGCUGCCGGCCCCCAGAGCCCCCCGGAGCCAAGAGCCCCCCACCCGGGGGAGGCUGUGUCACCUGGAGCUGCAUUGCUGCCCUUCUCGUCGGCUGCGCCGGCAUUGGCAUCGGUUUCUAUGGCAACAGCGAGACCAGCGAUGGGGUGUCCCAGCUCAGCUCAGCAUUGCUGCAUGCCAACCAUACGCUCAGCGCCAUAGACCACCUGGUGUUGGAGACGGUGGAGAGGCUAGGUGAGGCCGUGAGGACAGAGCUGACCACUCUGGAGGAGGUGCUGGUGCAGCGCCCGGAGCUGGUGGCUGCUGCCCGGGGGGCUCGGGGGCAGGCGGAGGCGGUGGCCCAGCAGCUCCAGGCGCUGGCCUUCUGGCGGGGAGUGCCCUUGAGUCCCCUGCAGGUGGCCGAAGACGUGUCCUUUGUGGAGGAGUACAGGUGGCUGGCCUAUGUCCUUCUACUGCUCCUGGAGCUGCUGGUCUGCCUCUUCACCCUCCUGGGCCUAGCAAAGCAGAGCAAGUGGCUGGUGAUCGUGAUGACAGUGAUGAGUCUCCUGGUUCUUGUCCUGAGCUGGGGCUCCAUGGGCCUGGAGGCAGCUACAGCUGUGGGCCUCAGUGACUUCUGCUCCAGUCCUGACACCUACAUCCUGAACCUGACCCAGGAGGAGACUGGGCUCAGCUCAGACAUCCUGAACUAUUACUUCCUCUGCAAUCAGGCGGUCUCCAACCCCUUUCAACAGAGGCUGACUCUGUCGCAGCGAGCUCUGGCCAACAUCCACUCCCAGCUGCAGGGCCUCGAGCGGGAAGCUGUCCCCCAGUUCCCUUCUGCGCAGAAGCCUCUGCUGUCCUUGGAGGAGACGCUGAAUGUGACAGAAGGAGACUUCCACCAGUUGGUGGCGCUGCUGCACUGUCGCGGGCUGCACAAGGAUUACGGCGCUGCCCUGCGGGGCUUGUGUGAGGAUGCCCUGGAAGGCCUGCUCUUCCUGCUGCUCUUCUCCCUCCUGUCUGCGGGGGCCCUAGCCACCACCCUCUGCAGCCUGCCGCGUGCCUGGGCCCUCUUCCCGCCCAGUGACGACUAUGACGACGCAGAUGAUGAUGACCCUUUCAACCCUCAGGAAUCCAAGCGCUUCGUGCAGUGGCAGUCAUCUAUCUGAGCCCCUCCUCCGUGCCAGACUGGAGCCUGAGCCCCCACCCCGUUCCUUCCCUGGCUGCCAGAGAAGACCCCACUAACCCAGCCUGACUGGGCUCUCACCUCUAACAGCACCUCUGGACACGGACACCCCCACGGGCUGCCUCCCUGCCCUGCCUCCUCUCCCACGCGCCCUUGCCUGGGGAGCCAGCCAGGGGGCAGGCCGGGCCCUGGGGCUGGCAGGGAGGGGCGGCCAGCUAGCCCCGCAACCCCUCACCCCUGGCCACCAGGCCCAUCCUCGAAGGGACACGAGUGUCCUCGUCCCUGCCAGGCCCCAGGGGGCUUAGGGCCGUCAUCUCAAGUUGCGGCACUAACUCGGGAAUGGGUUGAUUUGAAAUA